GGAUCCUAGUAUACGAUUUCUGAAAAGUCUGUCAGUCCCUUGCAGAGGCAUCCAACGACCAACCGACAGUACUCGACAUAGACAUGAGUCACGAGCAUGUCGAUAACCGUCCAGAGUGUGACCUCUCCACUCCUGAAUUGGAACCUGAUAUCACGCCCUCAUCACACUCUGCAAAUGGCACACCUGUACCCGUGCAAGUCCGCACUCUUCAGUUUAUAGGGUCUCCCCCAGUUCAUACCCCUGAGUUGUUGCAGCCAGGGGAGCCUUUCACACGCGACCUUGUUCCUUCACCGACUCCAUCUGAGCACGGUAGCUUCGGGCGCCCUAGCAUGACUCAGGAGGAUCCCCCGCAUUCUGGAAGCCGUCCUCUACACUCUCCACUGAGUUCGGAAGGUUCUGCUGGUUACUUCUCCGAUGCCAAUCGUUCAUCGACACCAUCAAGCCCUCUGUCUGACCAUUCCAUCGUCUUCGUAUCUGCGGAUUCGAUACCAGAGUACGUUAGAGAGAACCGUGCAUAUCUCGUUGCAACAAGUGCACCGUCCCAAUCUUCUUCAGCAUCCUCUAGUUGUGUCCGUUUACCCUCUGUGAUCACUUCGUCGGAGUCUCUACCAUUUCAACAAGAUGAGAAUGAUGGUGCUGAUGUGCCCCCUGCGCAACCCAACGGCCAAUCUGCGCUUUACUGCAGGAUUUGCCUUCGAGAUCCUUGCGAUGAUACGACUGCGACGAUGUGCGGGCAUGUGUUUUGCAACAGGUGCAUUAUUGAUGCUGUGAUGGCCAGGUCUGCGUGUCCGGUCUGCACUGCUCCCACAUUACUCUACUGUCUUUUCCGCCUUGAUGUCUAAGCAACACCUGUCUUGCUUUUCGACGAUGGACAUGCAUGCCAAUGACACAACAAAUCAUAUUGUAUUUUAGAAUUCUUGAAUCAUCACAAGUUUACCUAUAUCCGUUGCGGACUUGUAAGCAGUAUCUAUCGCAUGGGGAAUUUGUUGUGAAUUCAAUUGCCUCAAAGUUCUUGCGGGAUAGUAAGGCCGAUGAUAGAAUGUAAGUCCGAACGCUCUGGUCGUACUACUACCUCGUAAUAUCAACCGUGGUGAUAUCUCAGAUAGAUCUCAGUCUGCAUUUCGCAUUCGAUCAAACGCCGCGCGAACGCGUGCCCUUGGGUCCAUAGCAUGCAUAUGCGAAUUUUUUCUCAGCAUCUCCAAGUCUAUUUAUAAUAAUACAGGUGGCCCCUAAACAACCGAAUUGUAUGGUGCUUCCUCG